AUGAGUUUUGUUGGCGAUAUGGAGAACCUUCCUCCAAAUAAUGUCGAGAAUACGUAUAUGCGAAGGUUCUACCACCAGAAGCAUGCUGAACUGGAAUUUGAAAUGCAAAGUUUACGAGAGCUAAAGCAUCCAGAAUAUGCCAGUACAAUACAGAUGCUUGAAGAGCAGUUCAGGACUGAGCUAGAAGCAGAAGAAAUCUCCGAUCAGCUUGAGAAGGAGCGCAUCGAGGAACAGUAUGAACGAGAGAAAGAAGCAGCGGAAAGAGAACUCGAAGAGCGAUUAACUGAACUUAUGGAGGCUAUGAUUCAGGAAUGUGAAGAACAAAAGAAAAAGAUUGAUCAUGAAUUUCAUAAUUCUGAUAUUUCCAGUACACCGGCAAACGAUUUUCCCAGCAAAAAAAGCCUUCGGAGGAGGCCGAAUGAACCAACGCCAUAUGGUGAAAAGCACAUGCAUGCCAAAACACGUCCUAACAUUGCGGAUGCUCUCACUGAUCAGGAGAUUCAGGAAGAUCUGCUGCUCUUAGAAGAAGCUGAAUUGAAAUGCGCAUAG